UUCUCUGCCAGUCAUUCUUUCUUUCAAAAAUAAUUUCCAGUUAUAGAGAAGAAAAAUCAUUUCUGAUAUACGUGUAACAUAGCUAGGGUUAGAAUGAUGCUAGCAUUAUCUUCUUAUUAUCCAUUUAUAGUUUCUUGCUUUUGUUUCCAGAUCUAGUGCUGCAGCUGCUCUGCAACAAGAUCAACUCAACUUUUUAUCUAAUUUAGUUCAUUUCCUCUUUUAGAUCAGGUCAACUUUCUAUAAGUGGAAACUUCUUGUCUGAGUUUCUGAUUAUAUAUACCUGUGCCCUAUACCUAUUAGUAGUGUUUUGUGGGAAUUAGUUUGUCUCCAAAUCUAGGGCCAGGGUGGAGAAGAAGUGAAGGGGUUUUGAAGUAUUAUGAGAAUGGUGAGAGGAAAAACACAGGUGAAGAAAAUAGAAAACACAACAAGUAGACAAGUGACAUUUUCGAAGCGCAGGAGUGGACUCCUGAAGAAGGCUUAUGAGUUAUCAGUUCUUUGUGAUGCACAAGUUGCUCUUAUUGUCUUCUCCUCCACCGGAAAGCUCUAUGAGUUCUCAAGCUCAUCAAGUACAAAUACUAUAAUUGAACGGUACCUGAAGAUUGGAAAGAACCUGGAAUCCGGAAAAACCGUAGCCGUUGAAGAAAAUACAGAGCAUGUUCUGGAGGAAAGAGUUGCAACCAUGACUGAAAAGAUCAAGCAGCUUGAAGAAUGUAAAGAAAAGCUCCUGGGAGUUGGUUUAGAGUCUUACACUGUUGAUGAGUUGCAAAAGCUAGAAAAUGAUAUAGACCGGAGCUUAAAACACGUGAGGGCAAGAAAGUACGAGUUGUUCAAGCAGCAGAUAGAGCAGCUGAGGAACGAGGAAAGAAGAUUAGCUAAACAAAAUGAAGAAUUAAAGAAGUCUGAAUUGCAAGAACUGCAGCCUGAAAAUAAAUCCGAGAAAGAUUCAAGAAGAGAAAUGGAGGACGUGGACACAGAUCUAUUCUUAGGACCGCCAGAAUUUAGAAGAACUACCGCCUGAUCAGGUGCUGCUCAACCAGAGUCUGGUUACACAGUAAGUAAAUUUAAAUAAAGUUCAAAUGCUUGGAUGCAACAGCCAACAUAUACUUUUCUAUAGAGGCUGGAACACGGGCCUCUCUUUUUUCAAUCGCAUACAAAAUUUUUUGACUUUGCAAAAUGUUGUAUCUUCUAUUUUAUCUACAAUUUUCUGAAGAGUGAAGACGGUAAACAUUGGUCGUCUCUCCAUUGUCCAUUGUAACUAAAAAUGUACGAACUGGAACAGAUUCAAGGAGCUUCAAGCAUUCAUAAUCUAUUUAUAGAUUGUAACACUAA